AUGUUUCCUCUCUAUGAUUCCCCAAGCCCCAUGGACAUACCACUUUACCAACAGCUGCAGCUCAGCCCUCCCUCGCCAAAGGAACCGGACCACCAAUCCUUCCCCUACUACCAUUCCUCCCCUGCAUUCGCCGCCGGCAUCUUCCACAACAGUUACCUUGGUGCCGGUGCCGGUGCCGGUGCCGGUGCCACUGUCUCGACGCCGCUCCCUGCGGAGAUCGACUCGCCGACAGAGCUGUUGCUGAUGGAUCAGGCGCCGGCGCCAAGGACGGACGGCGUCCGAAAUGCGCAAGGCCUGCACGGCGGUGGAGGCAUCGACAGCGAGGCGGCGGCCGCCGCCGCAAGGAAAGAUCGCCACAGUAAGAUAUGCACAGCCGGCGGCAUGAGGGACCGGCGGAUGCGGCUGUCUCUUGAUGUCGCCCGCAAGUUCUUCGCGCUCCAGGACAUGCUAGGCUUCGACAAGGCCAGCAAGACGGUGCAAUGGCUCCUCAACAUGUCCAAGGGGGCCAUCAGGGAGGUCAUGACCGAUGAGGCGUCCUCCGACUGUGAGGAGGACGGCUCCAGCAGCCUCUCCGUCGUCGACGGCAAGCCCAAGCCGCCGGCGCUGGAGGUCGGUAGAGCUGAUCACGCCGAGGGGAAGAAGCCGGCGGCAAGGGCAAGAAAGACACCCGCCAACCCGAAACCACCGAGGAAAUUGGCGAGCGCGCACGCGAUCCCUGACAAGGAGUCGAGGACGAAGGCAAGGGAGAGGGCGAGGGAGCGGACGAGGGAGAAGAACCGGAUGAAAUGGGUGACGCUUGCGUCCACGAUUAACCUCGAAUCGCCCGCAAGCGCGGCGGCGAGAGCGGACGAGCUGAUCAUGAGCCCAAGCAAUUUGAACCGCUCGUCCUCCAGGAACACGGGAAGCGCUGAAUUUGAGGAGAGGUGCUCGUCGUCACUGCCGAGCGAGACCAGCGACGCGAUCAUGGCCGCUGGAUUCAGCAAUGGAGGAUACGGAGGCGGCAGCGGCAGCGGCAGCAGCAGCUACUACGAGUACCAGCUGGAGCAGCAAUGGGAGCUCGGUGGAGUCGUGUUUGCCAAUUCGCGGCUCUACUGA